AUGACAAUGGGAGAUUUCAUAUUGACUGCUGUAUGCUAUCCGAUCGAGGCGAUUUCACGAAUACUUGAUAUAAGAAACAAGAUGCCGAUAAUAAUAAACAUCACCGUACAUUUUCUUACUUGGGUCGCCUUAUCCGGUUCGAGCUUAAGCCUCAUACUCCUUAAUGUCGACAAAUUACUCUAUUUCAAAUAUCCAUUAAGCAGUGCUUUUGUUAAAAGAAUAAUUUUACGGCUUCUAGAACAUGCACUCAACAACUCAGCCGGUCCAGUUCGUCAAGUACUCAUAACGCGUUUUCGUACUGUUUAUUUUACAUUCGUGACCACUGCAUUCACUGCUGCCACCUUAUUACCGUUCAGAAUCAGCUCCAUUGUAACGAGUUUUAGUGAUCAGCACGAGGUAAGAAUGUGA